AUGUCAGACGGGUACCAAGUAGUAAUUAUCGGGGAAGGUUCGGUCGGAAAGUCCGCUCUCUGCCUUCAGUUUGUGCGGGAAGUCUUUUCUGCAGAGUACAACCCUACUAUUGAAGAUACCUACAACAAGAGUAUAAAGGUAGAUUCACACAACGUCACUUUCAACUUGAUUGAUACUGCAGGGCAAGAGGAAUAUAUCGCUUUGAGAGAACAAUACUACUUGAAGGGAGAUGGGUUUGUGUUGGUGUAUUCUAUCGAGAACAAAGCUUCGUUUUUGGCCAUCGGAAACCACAAAGAUAGCAUUUCAGUGAUCCGACCGGACAAUGAUGUUGCUUUGAUCUUAGCUGGGAAUAAGUGUGAUCUUGAGGAUCAACGUGUUGUGUCCAAACAAGAUGGGAUGGACCUUGCAAAGACAUAUGGAAUCGAUUUCUUCGAAACUUCCGCAGCUAAGCGAAUUAACAUUGAUGAGCUCUUCGUUGCUCUUGGAAGAAAGUUGUUGCAAAUCAAUCACAAAGGAGAGGUCGCAACUCCAGCGGGCGGCGAAAGUGAUAAGUCUGGGAAAAAGGCUGAAGGAAAGUCUAAACCAGCUAAGGAUAAAAAGAAGGGUGGAUGUGCCUUCCUCUAA